ACUGCCUUGGGAGGCAUAUCCUAGCAGCGCCACUAUUUUCCAACCGCACUGGGAAAGGCAAAAGAUAUCCAGAUGUUCUCAUGACAUGUCUCCAUCCAUUGCCAAUUUGCCACCCUGAACCUAACUCGGGUAUUGCUACGUACGUUGUUGUCUCAGUUUUUAGGAACACGCUACAUUUGCCACAUCAACGCGCAUAUAUAUUCACAGAAGAAUCCAUCGUGAAAACGAGACAAGCGAGCCGAAACCAUUUCAACUCCCCCACGUUUAUGCUUGGAUCGGCCCCUCGCUGUGUCUCCCCCCUGGCCGUAGCUAGCUGUACCGAUCCGGCCGGUGCCGUUUACAAUUACGGGAACCCCCGCAUACCGACGGACGAGCCUCCUCCGUUUCCCGUUUCCCUCCGCGCGCACUCGGAACGCCAGAUCGAAAUAUACCGAUUCGCCUCCUCCUCCUCUCUUGCUGCCGCUGCCUUCCACGAAGAAGAAGCGGACCCGCGGCUAGCGGUUUCGUUCGAUCGAUCGCAAACAACACACCGAAACGGGCAUUUUCACCGUGCCCGCUUAUAUAUACGCGCGCCUGCCUUUACGGCUUUACCACCUUUACCCCGCCUCGCCUCACACUCCCCUCCUCUCCCUCUCUCCGGCUCCGCCACGAGAUUCGUAGUACCGCGCGCCGCCGUCUGUCUCGAGUGCGAUCUGCUGGCCCGGACUGGUCUUAGCUUCUUCUAAGCUCGCGGCGUUGGAUGCCCCUGACCCCGAACGCCGCCGCGCCAUGACCUCCGCCGUCGCGAGCAACCUGCUGGCUCCUACCGCCGCGUCGUCGUCGUCGACGCCGUGCGGCUGGCUCGCCCCGCGCGUCUCGUUCAGCGGCCGCGACGCCAUUGCCGCCGAGGAGCACGAGGAGACGGCGGUCGCGUCGACUUCUCCAGUGGCGACGCCGGCCAUCUCGAAGGACUUCAUUGACUUCGAGUUCAGCAGCUUCGGCGGGUGCGCCGCCAGCAUGCUCCCGGCGGACGAGCUCUUCGCCGACGGUAAGCUGCUGCCGCUCCGCAAGGCCGCCGCGCCUGAGCCCGAGCCUUGUACCGCGGUGCCACCGCCGGCGAGAUCACAGGCAAUGCCGCCGCCCCCGGCAGAGCAGACAAUGAAGCCGCUCCGCGCCGCGGCUGGCCUUGCGACGGCCGACCAGUACGUCUUCUCCCCCAAGGCGCCCAGCUGCUCGAGCCGGUGGCGCGAGCUGCUGGGGCUCAAGAGAGCGUCGUCAUCAUCAGCCUCACAGAGCCCCAGGCCCUCGCCUUCCCCAUCGGCAUUGGCCAAAACGCCCGGGAGAAGCACGACGACGGGCUCGUCAACGUCAUCCGCGGCGAGGUCCCUCAAGUUCCUCCUCCAACGGAGCAACAACAACAACAACAGCAAUAACGGGCGAGCAUCGUCGGACCUCGCGUCGGCGCCGCUCCUCCGCGACAGCUCCGACUCGGAGGCGUCGCUCUCGCUCGCCUCCUCCCGCUUCUCGCUCUCCUCCUCGUCCUCCUCCUCGGGCGGCCACGACUCCCACGACGACAUCGUAAUCAACCCCCGCUUCUCCCUCGACUCCGGCGCGGAUCUCAACCACCACCAGCCUCCCCGCCUCCGCCUCGUCCGCUCCUCCGGCCGCCGCCACUCCACCUCCGGCCCCCGCGGCCCGCCGCCGCCGCCGCAGCCCCGCUGCGUCUCCGUAGACUCACCGCGCAUGAACUCCUCGGGGAAGAUCGUCUUCCAGCAGAGCCCCCUGGAGCGCAGCUGCAGCUCCCCUUGCAGCUUCCACCACGCCGCCGCCGCCGCCUCGAAAUCCCGCUCCUGCCGCGCCGCCGGCGUCGACCGGUCCUACUCCUCCGGCGGCGUCCGCGUGGCGCCCGUCGUGCUCAACGUCCCCGUCUGCUCGCGCCCGGUGUUCGGCUUCUUCAAGGACAAGCAGAAGGACUCCUCCGCCGCCGACAAUGCCAGGGCGUCGCGGACCUCGUCCACGCUGGGGCGGAAGGCGCCGCCGCCGCCGCAGCAGCGGUGGAGCGGCGAGCUGCCCAAGCUUUGUUCUGGGUAAUCCGAUCCGGUCUACAACUUGGUCCUUUGACCGUUCGUUGAAACCUUAAUUUGUCUUGUUCGCCGAAAGAAACCUGGACCGGAAUGGAUGGAUCACUGGAGAUGGAAGAAGAGAUGGUGCUUGGAAAGGGAAAUAGAUAAGCUAGUUGCUAGGGGAUGGAUGGAUGAUGCAGUGAUAAGAGGAUGGGUAGAUUUGGGCGUUUAACUGAUUUCGUUUGUUCUUUGGGAUGCCGCUCAUGCCAAUGUCUAAUCAAUUUGACCGUUUUUCUGUUUUUUUCUCUCCUUCUCCCCCACUUUCUCUCUUUGACUGUUGUACAUUUGGAGUUUUGUUCUUCUCCUAAACCCUGUAAGCGCUAGCGCAUCUGAUUUGGUUGUUUGCAAGAAAAAGAGAUCACGAGUGUCUAAGUUGUCACA